AUGUUUUCGUAUCAAAGAGGGCAAUUCGACCUGGUCAUCCACAACGGGCUUGUGGUGGUGGGCUCCGAUGUGAUGCCACCGUCAACGUACAUUGGUGUCAAAGGUGGCAUCAUCGAACAGAUCUCAGCAACACCUCUCACGGGAAAAAAAAUCAUAGAUGCCGAGGGAGGCUAUAUCAUGCCCGGCGGCAUCGACUCGCACGUCCACCUGUCCCAGAAGAACACCCCCGCUGGCGACACGUUUGAGUCAGGAACACGUUCUGCUCCGCCGGGAGGAACAACCACAGUGAUUCCAUUUGCGAUCCAAAAUUCCAAGGACGACUUCGACCUGGUUUCUGCCGUUGAAGAGUACCACACACAGGCUAAAAACAAGUCUUACUGCGACUAUGGAUUCCACGUGAUUAUCUCCAACCCCAGCGACGAGCUCCUCGGGACCCAGCUUCCCCUGCUGGCCCAGCAGCACGGAAUCACUUCAGUCAAGGUGUACACGACGUAUCCUCGAUAUCGUCUUUCCGACGAGCAGCUGCUCGAUAUUCUUCUGUCAAAUCGUAAGCUGGGCAUCACUACGAUGAUCCAUGCGGAAAAUGCCGAUAUCAUUGACUUUAUAGGCAAGAAGCUGGAGGAGAAGAAACUUACAGAUCCGUUUUACCACUCCGUGAGCCGUCCGAAAGUAGCCGAGGACGAGGCCACUUAUCGGGUGAUUUCUUUGUCCAAGAUGAUCGACGUUCCAAUUCUGAUUGUGCACAUGUCGUCUGAGACGGCCCUGGCGACCGUCAGAGAGGCGCAGAACAAUCUGGUGCCCAUAUUUGCAGAGACUUGUCCGCAGUACCUAUUUUUGACCGCCGACUACUUGAAACACCAGUGCUCGCACCAUGUCCACAAAAAUGACCCCUUUGAGGGGGCCAAGUACAUUUGCUCGCCGCCAUUGAGACAAUCCCAAAGUGAGCUUGACGGAGUCUGGAAAGCCAUUCAGAACGGAACGGUGACUGUGUUCAGCAGCGACCAUGCCCCGACUAUUUACGACCACCCGCUAGGGAAAAAAGCCGGGCUGGUCAACGGGAUCCCCCACUACAAAAAGGUGCCGAACGGCCUGCCGGGCAUUGAGACAAGGAUGCCUCUGCUGUUUUGCAAAGGUGUUGAGACCGGCAAAAUUACUGCACAACGGUACGUGGAGCUGUGCUGCUCCAACCCGGCAAAACUGUACGGCCUGGAGCAGAAGGGAACAAUUGCUGUGGGCAAGGACGCAGACUUUGUUAUCUGGUACCCAAAGGGUAAAAUGACACCCUUCAUCCUGUCCAACUCGAUGCUCCACCACGGCAUAGACUACUCGCCUUUUGAAGGAGUGGAAUUUACCAACUGGCCACGAUACACUAUCUUGCGGGGUUCUGUGGUCUGGGAUAGAGAUAACGAUGGCUUGUUGGCAUCAAAAAUUACAGGCCAGUAUGUAAAGCGGGCAGCGUCCAGCAUGGCCGGGUCCGUGGGCAAGCUGUCCUAUAUUUUCGAAUAG